AUGGAGAAGCUGUCUCUUUCGCGUUGCUACUGUUCAUACUUGGGUCCAAAAUUUUUAAAUAGUUCAAGUAUAGAAAACCUUCAACUUGACAGAAACUAUUUAGGCAAAUCGUUAUCACAUGACAUUGCAAAGACAAUGUUCGAAAAUGUCGACACAUUAAAAAUUCUGAACUUAUCGACAAAUAGAAUAACAAAGCAUAAAAAACAUUUUAUCGGUUUUGACGAGAUGACAUUUGUUAACAGAAACGGUAAGCAGCUAAAUGCCAAAGAAUUUUUGAAUCAAGUUAAUCAUCUGAACUCUGAUUGCAUGUCCCAUACGCUUGAAAUUGCCCUGUCAUCAACUGGUGCUGUAAUAGCUUUGACGAUUGUCGUGAUCGCAGUAUUGUACAAAAAUCGUUGGAAGAUACGAUACUGGUACUACAUGACAAGAAGAAAACAUUUUGGAUACCAACUGCUUAAUAACGAAAAUGAGGAAGACCAGUAUAUGUAUGAUGCUUUUAUUUCUUAUGCUGAUGAGGAUGGAGAGUUUAUUCGAGAGGAUAUAAUGCCGAAACUUGAAGAAAAUGGAAUGAAACUCUGUGUUCACCAAAGAGAUUUUCUGCCCGGUAUUCCGAUCGCUGACAAUAUUGUUGAUGCGAUUCAAAACAGUAGGAAAACCUUAGUGGUUAUAUCCAGGCCAUUUAUUAAGGGAAAGUGGUGUAUGUAUGAAUUCAAUAUGGCUAGAAUGGAAACGAUGAACGAGCGCCCUGAGGCUGGUUGCUUAGUUGUUGUUCUUCUGGAAGUGGUGCCAGCUAGGGAUAUGCCACUAGAGCUUUUGGAAUGGAUCAAGGUACAUUCUUAUAUUGAAUACACCAAUGAUGUCGAAGGUGGGCUCCUGUUUUGGGACAAAUUGAAAGCAGCGGUGAGAAAUUGA